CAAUGCUGGGGAUCCGAUAUUGCCACCCGGGCCUAGGGGGCGAGUGCUGAACAGUACAAAAUAACGAAGAUCGCGGUCCGUGGUCCAAAACUGCGGCAAACAUCCUCCUGUCCAUUCGUUAGCCAUAUAUUUAGAGCCAAGGAGCCAAAAUGUCGGGGGAUGUGCAGCCGCGAAAGCGAAAGGAUAAGCGCCGAAAACGUGAUGAUCGCAAGUCCGAGGGCGACCUGACUGAUCUGCGCCAGUCCAGUUUCCAAGAUGACGACGAAUCGUCCCACGGCGUUCACAUUACAAAGAUGGGGAACGACGAUGUGCAUCUGCACGUGCACCACGAUCACGGCACUGGCGGCCACUGGUGUGCCAAAAUCAUAUUCUUCUCAUUGAUGGCCGCGCUCUUGGGAGUAGUGGCCUUGAUCAUCAUGGAGAACCGAGGGCUAGAAGAUCUGGAUACCCCCUUGUCGGAAUCGCGAUUCUCCAAUUAUUUCGAUGGCUGGGUGGACGAGCACAGGGUAGAACACGAAGGCCACGAUGUUCAGGAGCCUUCCGGAGAAGCUCUAGACGAUCAUGACGACCACGAUGAGCUUGAGGAUCACGAAGAAGAAGAAGAAGAUGACCAUGAAGAAGAGGAAGAACCUCUUUCUGCCGAGUUAGACGAGGGUGAAGCCACGCCUGAGGAAGACGAGGAGGAGGCUGAUCAGGAAGACGAGGAGCCGGAAGAGGAGGAGGAUGAAGAGGAGGGAGAGGAGGAAAAUAAUGCCGGCGAGAAUAUAACAGCCGAAGAUGACGUGGAGGAUGAAGAAGCUGAUGAGGAGGACGAAGAGGAGGAGGAGGUGGAACCCACUGUGGAGGCCACCACUGAAGCCACCGCCGAGUAUGAAGAGGACGAAGACAACGUGGACGAAGGCGAUGCUGAUGAUGAAGAUGAAGUUCCUCCAUCUGAAGAAACACCUCCAUCUGAAGCUCCUGAAGAAGAAGAUGAUGACCAGCCUGAGGAAGAAGAGGAGGUAGAGCAGUCCCAAGAACCCACUGCAGCAGCCGACGAUGCUGAGAAUAACGAAGACAAGGACGACGAUGAUGACGAUUUUGAGUCUCUGGAUCAGGACGUUGAAGACGAACCCGUGAAACUAAGCAGCCAGAAACCAGAUCAAGAUGAUCAGGACGAUCAGGAUAACAACGGGGAGAAGGAUCCCCAAGAAGAGGGAUCUUCCUGGUUGGCUUCACUUGCCGUCAAGUUUGGCGUUGGCGUAGCACUUGCCUUAGUCUCACGCCUUGUAUUGAUACGGAAGAGUCCUAAUACAACCGAGGACCCACCCGCCCCGGAGGCCGUAAUGCGGCGGAGACUGACGAUCGCCACGGCUGAGGAUCACAUACCGGAUGAUGUGGAGGAGCUGCCCCUCUUGGAUGAUGAAUAUUCCGAGGAGGAAAUCGUAAUCGAGGAGGAGAUCGAGGUGGAGAUCAGCGACAUUGAGGAGAACGAGGAGGCGGCGAACGAAAGCGACGAUAAUGUGGCAUCCAUGGCCAGCUACAUGCCCGAGACCUUCGAGCAACUGAGCGCCAUGUACAAGGGGAAGCAGGAGCCUCCCAAGGAUGAGCCUGUGAAGCCGGUGGCAGAGCCUCAGCAAGCCGGGUCGAGCGACAUAUAUGUGGAGUAUGAGGAUGGGGAAAUAGAGAAUUAUGAACACGACGACAGCGACGACGACGAUGCCGAGAUCACUGACGAGGAGGACGAGAUUUCCGACGUGGAUGACAGCGAUCUGAUGAACCGGCUGGAUGCCAAGUACGGGCGCCUGCCCUCAAAGGAGUACGAGAGCGAUCCCGACUCGGACGAUCCCAGCUGGACACAGAUCAAGCCCAAGGACGCUCCUGCCGAGAACAAUGAACUAUUCGAGCAGGAACUGCGCAAGGCCAACCAGGAGAUGGUCCGAGAGAACUACGCCCAAGCCCUGCGUUCCUUUAACAUGCUCACCCUCCGCUACACCGACGAGCCGCUGGCCCACCUGGGCAGAGCCAAGGUCCUGGCGCACCUGGCCGAGCGCCAGCAAAGCAACCAGCGUCUGUGGGAAGCCAUCGAUGCCUACAAGCGGUACCUGGCCUUUGAGGAACUGAUUACCAGUGACGCGGAGUUCAUAGCCGCUGGCGAGAGCUGCAUAAAGCACUUGAGAUUUCUGGGUAACCACCACCAGGCCGUAAACAUCCACGAGCUCCUUAUAGAGCGCUCGCCCGGCAAUCCCCACCUGCGCAACCAACUGUCGCUCACCCAUCUCAUGGCCAACAACCUCCGCCAGGUGGAACAGGUCUCCUUCAACACCCUGAAACUCGCGCCAGAUGAUGCAGUGGCCCAGCUUCACUAUGGUCUGGUUCUCAAGCAACUGUAUGGAGACUACCUCCAGGCACUGCCAUUUCUCAAGUACGCCGUGGAAUCCGAGGAGGAGGGCACCCAGGAGCCCUUCUUUUACUUGGCGCUCGGGGAGACCUUGCAGCGCUUGUCCCGACAGCCGGAGGCAAUGCAAGUCUUCUCCAAAGGAGUGGCCAAAGGGUUCUAUACCAGCCAGUAUCAGAGAUCCCUGUACAACGUGCCUGGCCUAAAGGCCCAACCCUUCUGGGAGCCCCACGAGACGGGCUAUCAGAGGCACCUGGAGAAGUUGCAGUUCCAUUGGCGCACCAUCAGGGAUGAGGCAUUGGAACUCUUGGGCAAAACUGGGUUUUUCGAGGAUGAAGCGGAACAGCUGCGGCACAAAGGCGUCUGGCAGCAGUUCGAACUGUUCUCCCAGGGCCGCCGCAUGGGAGACAAUUGCCAGAAAACUCCCAAAACUUGUGCCUUAGUGCAGCAGUUCCCCGAGUCGAGUGGAUGUCGGCGGGGUCAGGUGAAGUUCAGUGUGAUGAAGGCCAACACGCAUGUGUGGCCACAUUGCGGACCCACCAACUGCCGACUUAGGGCUCACCUCACGCUUGUUGCUCCAGAGCCGAAAAAAACCUUGCUUCGUGUGGCAGAGCAGGAAAGGACUUGGCGCGAGGGCGAGCUCUUCAUCUUCGACGAUAGCUUCGAGCACGAAGUCUGGCACAAUGGCUCGUUGCCCCGUUUGGUGUUAAUCUUGGACAUGUGGCAUCCGGAGCUGAGCUCUCAUCAGCGCCGCAAUCUGCCGGCAAUUUGAUGUAUCCGGUUCCUAAGCCUAUUAUUUAGAGCAAUUUCCCGCCCCCCAUCUAUAUCGUUCAUUGGAUCACCAUUAUUAUAUUAGAUUCGUGUUUAUAUGUAUAUUAUUGCAACCAUACCUCUUAAUGGAUAAGCUUGAAAUGAAUGCGUGUGUAGGCUAAGACACUCUAUUACGUUAAGCUUUGGUGGGCGCUUCUGUACUCUAAAUACACAAUUAACAACCUUUACGUUUUGACAA